UCUUCUACCCUUAAAUCACUCAACCACAAAGCGUGAAGGUAUAUUAUUGAACUUUUUUGUGUGAAAUGGCAGUGUUUUCUUGUUACUUCGGGACAGUGGUGAAAAGUUCACACUAAGAAGAUGAGUAAACUAAAGGACUAGAGCUCAUUGGAUAUGUCUGCUGUCGAGAGAAGAGGAGCAGCUCCAGAGCCCCACUGGGAAAACAGAUCUUCCAGAAAUCAGGAUUUGAAGCGUCAUCGGAAGCUUCUGGCUCGGCCCAGGCAUCCCAUCAGCACGAGCACCUGGCUGCCUGACGGCUCCCACGCUGCACACCACGCACACAGGAGACCUAUUUAUGUGUCUUUUGUCAGCAAGGCCAUCUUGUGGGAUAGAGGACUCUGCCACUACACUGCCCAUGAUCGUCCAAAUCAUCGUCCCUUAUUGUGUCCACGGUUCUUGUCUCACAUGAAAGCUCGUCCUGAGGACCUCAGACCUCCUUGUUUCCUGAGCUCCAAGUCCAGGCCGCAGCCUCCAUCUCAGGGGAAGACGCCAAAUACACACACUCUCACUGCCCCAAAGACACAAAUGCUGGAGGGUUACUUCCAUCUCAAUCCAGACAGAAGAAGAAACGGUGUGCAGAAUGAGGGCUUGAUCACAGGAAGGCGCUCUGCCAUUGUUGUUCCCUGUCUUCCACUCCCUGCUACUCCACCAUCAUCCACCAUUAAUCCAACACCUCCCAACCAAAAUGCCCUUCAGCCCGACUCUGGAGGACAACAAAGCAAGCCGAACACUGUGCCGGCAUCUCCCUCCGACCCUCAUCCUGCUCCAGAGGAAAAAGAUGAAGUUCAGGAGAGGGAGCCACAACCUGCUGUGGUGUCCAUCACAGAGUCAGACUGGAAGCUGCAUCUCGGGCCUGCUGAACCAGAGCACUCACCGUCGCCGGCCUCCAACGUCUCACACGCGUCUCUGUCAGAUUUAAGUCGUCCACCUUCCAGCCUGUUCAGCCGCAGCACUGACCUCGCCAGUGGCAGGAGCAGUGUCCUGUCUGGUAAACCCUCUGCAGAUAUCAGGGACUCAGACCCAGAAGGCAGCGUUUCUUUCUCACCACUCCAGCCUUGUCCAGCGAUGCAGUCAACUUUGGCUUCUUACCCUCCAGCAGGAUCCAACCCUCGCCAAUCAUCCAUGAAUACUACAACCACCCCUCCGCUCUACGAACUACUGUUUAGCCAAACCAAACCCCUCCCACCUCGCCCAAUGUCAGGUGUCCUUCCUCAGUCAGAUAAACCUCUGAGCAGGCGUGAAAGCGCAAAAACAACAGAGAACCUCCACAAAGAUGCAUGUGUAGAUCCUGGUCUGAACCCAUCCUUGGACUCUGAUCAUGGCCUCAUUACCCUGGCUUUCCCCUCUGCUACUUGGUCUUCCUGCCCAAGUCCACAAAGGACCACUCCCCGCUCUGGGUCAGGACCAAAGCUGACCCCUUCUUCAUCAGUGACUCAGCUGGAGUCUCAUCGCUGGCCUGUCCUGCCUCCUAUCUCCCCUGUCAGAGGACGCUGUGGCACAGCAGCAUCACACUACUCCGAGCUCAGCUGCAGUCAGUCUCAUGCGUUUGAUGAACUGGAGGCCAUCGCCCCUCGGUCAGCUUCCUGUUCGUCUCUGGGCCAGCCAUCAGACUCAUCAGGUUGCCCUUCGCCCGAUAGAGAGCUGUCUCCCGGCCUGGCAGCGCUGACAGUGGGCUGUGACUCAGGGAAUCUGGGCUCCCUGUCCCGGGUUCAGCUGCUCCUCCUUGACAGACUGGAGCCCGAGACCCUGCCGAGUCCCUUCAGUCAGGAAGAGGAGCUCGACUGGUCCGAUCUGAGGAUGCAGUAUGAUCCAGGAUUGACUCCACCAGGUGUUUUGAGGCCCCUCACAGCUGGCAGCAUCUCUGAAAGGUGUGACUCUGCAGGGAAAGUCCAGGAAAACAAAUCGGAUCACUCUGAAGGAGGUUCUGGGUCACCGUCUUCAUGGAUCAUAGACCUGAGUCCAUCAUACGACAUGUUCAGAUCCGCCAAUUCUCCCUGCAGGUCCAAUCACGGUUCCAGCACACAUGAAGGGGAGUCCAAUUAUCCAGAAUGGAGAGAACAAGUCGAGUCCUCAGCUGGAGGAAGGAGGCCCGGGAGUCUUGAUCACAGAACUGAAGAGAAGGACAGAAGGAUGGAGGAGAGGAAAACAAAGGUGCUGAACAUGCUUUCCAAACUGCAGGACGACAUGCCUCGUCAGCCAAAUAGCAACAAAGAUCGCUCCAACUUUAAGGAAUUCGACUUUUUGGCAAAGUAUUGCAUUUUCAGUCAGGAGAAGCUGGCUGAGUACAAAAGAGCUUUUGAAGCAGAGGACAGUGAUAGUGAUGGCUACAUCUCCUGCCUUCAGGUUCUACUUGCUCUUAAAAACAUCAUCCCUCCAGAGCUGCUGUCUGACGAAGAAGAGAUCUACAUCUACAGGAUCCUGGAGAUGGUGGACUUCAGAGUGACAGAUGGGCUCGUAGACCUGAGGCUCUUUGCUGUGAUUGCUAGCCUGGCACAGAAAAUAGCCACCAUGGACGAGUUUAUGCGAUCACUAAUCAGCGAUAUGGACUUCCGCUCAUUAGAAGUGAGGCUCUUCAAAGCGAAGCAACUGUUCCUGUUCCUCCUGGAGGAGCAGCGAGGAGACACUGGAGCUCAGCAGGGCUUCAUCAGCGCAGAGCAGCUGCUUCUGGAGCUGAAGGCUGGGGGAAUCCAUCUGGAGCAGGAGGCAGCCAUCAGACUGGAGCUGCAGCACAUUCCCCCCCUGGACCUGCUGGACUUCCUGGCCUACCUGCCGCUCUUCAUGCUCAUUCACAAGUCGGUCAUCUCCAACCCUCUUGAUGACUCCAACAAUCUCUGACCUCUGUCACUGCACUGUCUGCCCCGUGUGGCUCAGGUAUCAGCAUUACUGCCACUACAAUUAUCAGUCCUGUAGUCUUGUGUGAAAAGGUGAUACACAAGAAACAGAAAAGCUUAGAUUAAAGGGAGUGAAUUAGGUACUGUAAUCAUUUUUUACCCUUGGGGAAAGUUAUUAAUCAUGAUCUAUAAGGCCUGAUCACACCAGCAUUUAAAAUGGCAAAACUUUUGCGGCAAUUUCAACUCAUUCCAAUGGGGUCGCCACGAUCAGCAGAUUACACUUGCAGGGGCGAAGUAAUGCCGCGUUCACGUCAUAUUAUUUCAACCGCAAUUACGAGCAGUAGAGUGGGGAAAAACCGCUUGUGUCAGCCUCCAACAUGUAAUUUGAAGUCGGAGAUACUGGGAAUUUCUGACACCGACGAUAUCUCCCACUUGUGAUGAAAAGCACUAAUAUUAACACUAAUACAAUCGAUUCAGCUAAUAUAAAAGGAGCUAUACACUGUUUUUAUCUGGCUUCACUUGGUAACGAACUGCUACAAAUACAUGUCAAAAGAAGCUCAUUUAGGCUGUUUAUCUGGUGCGACUACAAGGUUAGAAAUGGGGCUAACCACCUUGGAAAGAUACGUUAAUACUCCCGAGCUGGAAUAAAAAGGUGUUCUUCCUGUUCUUCUGCCGAUGUUGCAUGACUGCAGUAUAAAUCUGCGUGACCCGCCAGUCUGCGCCAUUGCCAUUUUGGCUCUCACAGGGUGGAUGUUUCAGGUAACAUAACCUAUACAAAAUUAUAUAGUCAUCUUGUGACGUAUAGCGUUGCCUUUGGAAAUAUUGCUACGUUAUUACUGUAGGUAGUUAGCCGGGCAUGCUAAUGUUAGCAGUAUACCUUAGAACAGACAAAAACACAGUUUAAUCCUUUACUCACACUUUUGCUCUUGUGUUAAGCCUGGUGUGUCUAGUAACCGUUGCCAAGCUAUGAUUGGACAAUCGUUGGGUUUUUUUUUGCAGGGUUUAGCGAGCACUCAGUUGACUUUCUUUCUACGAGAUUUGCAUUUUGAUACACCACCAAUUAUCGAUUGUAUUAAACAAAAUUGGUCUUAACAAAGAAUAAUUUCAUGUACAAAGAUGACUUAUACAUCCAGAUAAAAGAGACAGCCAUGGGCAGCACUGUGGCCCCAAAUUAUGCCUCUGUGUCAUCUCUAUGGUUUCUGUUGAUAUUUCGUAGAUCUGUAAAGUGCUGUCUAUGGUCCUGAAAUGUUCUGCAGCAGUGGAUGGUGAUAAUUGUUUCCACUGUAAAAACUCUUGCUCCCACACAACUAUUAUAUUGGUUGCAUUGGAUAAAAACUCUCAAACGCCUUCUACAAACUUUCCCCGACACGCUGCUUCGGGGGCAGGGUUCGUGUACUUUUUCUGAUGCAACAACUGCUUAUUGUUCUGGAAUAAAAAACAAUAUUUAAGCAAAGGUAGCCGCUCAGACUGUUGUCCUCUUCUAUCCAACUUAAUCAACACUGAUGAAUGAUAUUCAAUAAGAUAUUCAACUAAUAUAGUUUGAGCCAUUGUUUUGGCUCAGCUUUGCCAAUUAGAUAUGGCCACACUCUCCUGCGGUUCAUACACGCUUGACAGACCGCCACAGAGGAAAACGUAAUGAGCUCUGACAAGCAGCAAACCAGGAUUGUUAGAUCGGGGACGUCCUGUAAGCAGCAUGUGUCAUCAAGUAAAACCCCCAAAAAAAGACAAGAGAAAACUGUCAUUCUACAACCUAAUGUUUAACCUGCUUUUAAAAAUACUUCAUACUAAAUAUAGAUGUAUUUAAUUUUGCCGUAAAAAACACUUUGAAUUUACUUUGAUGUCAAAUAAAUAUUAUUAUCGGUGUUUGUCUUCAGUAUCCUCCUCUACCUUUGCCUUUUCUUCCCUCAGCUACAGUGUGUUCCUUAUUUUACUGUGACAUUUUAGGAACCUUAACAGGCUAUUUGUGUGUAUUACAAUCUGGCGCUAAAAGGAUAAUUAAUUCCUUUAGGAUGACUUGCCUUUGUCCAAAGUCUUCAAAAAACAUUAUCCAAAUAGUUUUGUUUGGGGUUAAGAACCAACUUUGUAUUUAUUUGAACAAUUUCUUCACAGCUACAAACUGUUAAAUUGUAUUGCUAAAUUGCUUAAGGGGGUUUCUACAGUGUUGCGAGUCCGUGGGAAGCAGAGAUCACAGUUACAGUUUUAUACUCAGCACCUGGACAAGAAAGAUGUGCAGGUGUUUGAACACUGUUUGGGAGGAAGAAACCCCCAAUAAAAUCUCUCCCAGGUUGCCCCAAAACCAGCAGCCUCAGUUUAGACAAUACUUUCGGCUACAUCAGAAUCUCCUACACAGCUGGAGUAAAAAUGUUUCUAUAUGUUGCUGUAUAGGCAUAUGGAUGCAAACAAAAAUGUACCUUGUAAUAUUUUUAGCCACACAACAGAGGAAUACUGAUUUGACAAAAUAGAAAUUAUGAUUUGAUAAUAUAUAUCCACAUAUUUGUGUUUAGGAGAAAAAUCAACACACAAGUAAGAUUAUAAAGAUGCUGAUCUUUAUAGUUAUUGUCACAAUAACUUAACAACUAUGGUAGUCUGCACAAGACAUGUUGGAGUCACUCCAAACGGCAGUGGUUCAAAUGCAAACUUGGCCAAAACUACUAAGAACAUACCAUUGAACAAUAACAUAAAGCCAUCCCAUCUAUCAAAGGGGUAUGGUAAAGGAGUACUUAGGCCCAUCUGAUAGGGCUGUGGGGGUACGUUGGACAGAACCACUGGGAACCACUGCUCUAAGGGAUUUGUCCAGUGUGUAUUCAGUAAGCAUGUCAACGACGUAGGAAGGAGCUAAGCCAUUCAUAGAUUUAAAAACAAUAAGAAGUAAGAAGAGGCCCAAUUUACUGCUGUUUUUACACAUAUUCCUGAUGAAUUCCUGGAAAAAUAAGAUUUAGCUGUUGUCUAGUAGUUUAUGAAUGAAAAGGCCUGUCAAUCAUUUUGGGAAUGAUAGCAGGUUACAAUCCUGUGUUUGUUUGGAGGUGGGGUCGACCCUUUAAUAAAUGGGUUGACUUUUUUUACUUUCACUCCCAAAGAUUUUGAGAACAGUUUGAACAAUAGCAGACUUUUAUUAAUAAGGCUUUUGGAAAUCAUCUAGCGGUGAAAUUGCAGUUUGCAACCAUUUGAAUAGCGCUUAUCUCACCCUCCACUUCCAAGCAAGUAGGAGAAAUGCGGAAGGCCCUAUCUAGAGCCAGUGUUUGGUUUCUCAAACAAUGGCGGUGCAACAUGGUGACCUCCAUGGAAGGGGACCCACUCCCCCUGUAGAUAAGAUUUUCAGGCGAUUAUACACUAAUGAAAACACACUUGUGAAUAUUAUGUUCCAUUUCUGCCAAUAGAUCCUCCUGAACAUUACACACUGGUCCUUUAAUACAUGAUAAUAAACUGCUGUCAAAUCAGGCUAAACUUCUGUGAACACUUCAUGACUCAGACUCAAACAUUUUAUCCCUGUAAUGAUGUCUGUUGCUGUAUUAUUAUAUGACUGAGGAGACAAUAAUAAUGAAAAUAAAAACCUAAAUUAAAUAGUAA